CUGGGUCCUCUACUGUUUUUGCUGUACAUAAAUAACUUAUUUAGGGUUAAAACGGAAGAAAAACUUUUAAGUUUUGCUGACGACACCACCGUCUUUUAUAAGGGUACAACAUGGGAGUCACUGAAAACUAAUAUUGAGAAGGAUUUUGUUUCCAUUAAAAAUUGGUUUGAUCAUAAUCUAUUAACAUUAAAUGUUGAAAAAACCAACUUUAUGGCAUUUGGUUCGUACGUUAAAAGCCUACCACAAUACGACACGUUAAAUUUUAAUCAAUUUUCGAUUAAGAUUUGUAAAACAGCGAAAUUUCUAGGAAUAACGCUAGAUCCACAUUUGAGAUGUCUCAUUUCCUAUUUUAAAUUACUUAAGCCAAUUUUAUCAAUCCCACAGCUACAUACGGUUUAUGAUGCACUCGUGGAGUCGCACUUAAGGUACGGUAUCUUAGGCUGGGGCGGUGUCUACAAAUCAAUACUAAGAGAUUUGGAAGUGGCUCAAAAAAGAAUACUAAAGAUUAUUCAAGGGGUAGAAAUAACUUACCCUACGGAUGACCUGUUUCAGGAAUCAAGAAAAAUGGAUUGUAGACAGUUAUAUUAUUUGAACCUUUUGUUGCGUAUGUUUCAUGAAAAAAAAGGUUUU